AUUCUACUUUCUAGAUAUCACGCCUACCCUGUGUCCUCCUUCCCUCUUGUUCCUCUAUAAAUUCAUGACUUUCUCUUGCGUUUUAAGUUUCAAGCGCCGUCACAGCAUUUCACCACAAAGAGAACGCGCCACAUAGAGAGAUAAGAGAUAGAAGAUAGAGAGCAUUAGUAGAAAAGAAGGGUAGAAAAGGUAAAAAUGGCAGCGGCAGCGUCGUUGGUGUUACCACCGGGAUUCAGGUUCCAUCCAACAGACGAGGAGCUUGUGAUGCACUACCUCUGCCGCAAAUGUGCUUCUCAGUCGAUCGCCGUCCCGAUUAUCGCCGAAAUCGAUCUCUACAAGUAUGACCCCUGGGAUCUUCCAGGUAUGGCCUUGUAUGGGGAGAAGGAGUGGUACUUCUUUUCGCCUAGGGACAGGAAGUACCCAAACGGAUCUAGGCCGAACCGGGCGGCCGGGACCGGCUACUGGAAGGCUACCGGAGCAGAUAAGCCAAUUGGACAGCCGAAACCUCUUGGAAUCAAGAAGGCUUUGGUAUUUUACGCAGGGAAAGCUCCCAAAGGAGAAAAAACAAACUGGAUUAUGCACGAAUAUCGCUUGGCAGAUGUGGAUCGCUCGGCUCGCAAGAAGAACAGCUCAAGGCUGGAUGAUUGGGUGCUGUGUCGCAUAUACAACAAGAAAGGCACAAUUGAUAAGCAUGGACAGCCAAUCAACCGGAAAUUGAGCUCGCCGGAAAUAAUCGAGGAUAAGAAGCCGGAGAUUAUGGCUCCGCCGCCAGCCCCGUCAUCGGCGACGGGAACCGUGAAUGAUUACGCCUACUUUGACACGUCUGAUUCAGUACCGAAAUUGCACACGGACUCGAGCUGCUCUGAUCACGUCGUGUCGCCGGAGUUCACAUGCGAGGUACAGAGUGAGCCCAAGUGGAAAGAGUGGGGGAACGUAAAUGCCCUGGACUUCUCAUAUAAUUACACGGAUGCCACCAUGGAGAAUCCAUUCGCGUCGCAGUUCCAGGGGAAUAAUCAAAUGUCGCCGCUUCAGGAUAUGUUCAUGUACCUACAGAAGCCGUUCUGAAGGGAAAUUGACUAGCAAUCACCGGGUAACACGAGACUCAAAGUCGAUGAGUGUGCCGUGGGAGAAGGGAGAAGAAGAAUACAUUCGGUGGCAGAGAUGGAUUAUGGGUAUAUAUAUAAAAUAGGUUUUUGUUAUGUAGAUACGUAGAAAUGGCAGUUUUAGAGGUGGGUCGUGUCUGUUUCUGUAGGUUGGGGGUAUAAAUCAAAUGAUUGUAUUCGUAUAUUUGUAGUUGUCUCGUGCCUUUUCUAAGGUAUAGGUUUUUGUUCCAAAUCAUUCAUCCUAAUUUCCUUAUUUAUAUUUAAUUUCUAAAUUCUAAAACAA